AUGCUGGCCGUCACUGCACCCUGUAACCAGGUGGAGCCGCUACUGCCCCUGGGCGCGACCGUGGCCUGCAUCAACGGACCUUGCAACGUGACCGUGGCACUGAAUCGAAUGGCGGUUCAAGCGGGCGCGCUGACAGGCUUAGAAGCUGAGCUGGCAGCUCUGCAGAUCCGCACGCAGCGGGUGCAGUCGGCCCAAACCGCUCUCCACAUGACUGAGGAUACACAUGAUGAUCCAGAGGCAACAGCUGCAAAUCUUUGCUUUCUCGAAAGUGUGCGCGCCAGCUUGGAUCGAUGGCUCCCUGGAUCGCCGAAGCUCGCCGUCACCUGGAUCACUACGGUGCCUGGCAGCUUUGCCGAGUUUAGUCCGGCAUUCCUCUUGGCGUGCCUGUCACGCCCCGUCACCUUUCACAGCAUGCUACAGCAUUUGCCCUCUGGGGCACGUGUGCUUGAGGUAGGCUCACAGCCCAUGCUGCACAAGCUGGUCCAGCGCGUGCGCCCCGAUCUGGCCCUUCCCGUCUGUAUCGACUUGGUUCAAAGGCCCGGGCUCCACUGGUGCACCCGAUUGUUGUACGCCGGGGUCCUACCUUCUGUGCGCACCCAUGUUCAGAGCGUUGCCCUUUCCACCACUGCCCAAAACCGCCAGCUCCGUCUAGGCAACGACACCGACUUGCUUGCAGCCCCCAAUGUUUCUGUGGAUUCGGUAGAGCAGCCAGCUUUUCUCUCAGCUCUCCUCCAGCUAUGGCGUUGCCAGUGCAUCGCCAGCUUAACCCACGCAGCAGCACCCAGCUUAUCUACUCCGCGAUUGCAGCUCCAAUUGAGUGUGACCGUCUAUUUGGCGCCCUAUGCCGAGCGGCACACCACCCAGCGCUUGAUUUUAGCACCUGGGGCGAAGCUUGCCGCGGGUGGACUGGUGUUGUUACCUGCCUCGGGUGCCGUCGUGGGGUAUACCACCGUCGACGUGUCGAGUGUGGCCGCGACGGCACUCGCCCCCAGGAUCUCAGCUGAGCUCGCUGAGGUGUCGUUGGCAGAUGCGUCGGCACUUCGCUUGCAAAGUACUUUCCUAAUUCAACACGGCCUUCCGGGCCAGCUCAGCACCUUUGCCCUGCACCCAACGCACAAUUGA